AUGUUCAUCGAACGUGUGGUAAGUAUGUCGGGUCGCUAUGGAUUGAACAACAAGGAUGCUGUAACUAUUGAAAAAAUUACUGUUUUAAAGGAUAUUGUCAACACUAUAUCAGGAAAGGACAAAAUUAUUAAGAUAAUCAAAAAUAUACUAGAUUUAAUAAGGGUAUCGCUACUAACUCUUACUGAGAAAUACCGAUUGAGUGAAGCUUUAAGGGAUUCGAUAUUGAAAAGAAAGUUGGCUUACUUGAUCAGGAAUCCAAUUCUUGUUUUGAAAUAUUUUAUUUUGAAUUUGAAUCUGAAAAAUGAAAAGAGACUAGCCUUCAUAAGCAGCAAUCUAUCGUUAUUUAGAUACAUCCUAAGGUUUGGGUCAUUGCCUUUCCAGGUCCCAUACUUCAUUACAAUUUUCAAAAGUUUGGUUAAGGAUAACUCACUAGGAAAUGUUCGUAAGAUAGUUUGCAAUCAACAUUUCUUAUCUAAAGCGAUCGAAGUGUAUUAUACGGUGUGCGACGAAUUAGAUCUGCUAUACAAAUUGAAAUUUUAUUCGAAUGCAACCGUCUAUAAUAAAAUUGUUUAUCAUGAAUCGUUGUCAUGGCAAUUAGAUAUAAUGUUAAGUUUAAAGAAUAAUUUUAUUCAAUUAAAAGAAUUGAAAAAACAGAUAGUGGAAAAUGAAGUAGAACUACGAAUUAGGACCCAAGCAGUAGAACUUGCAAAUGGCUUACCAAAAAGAAAUCACAUCAAAGCCUCUGGAGCUUCGAAUUUGAUUGAAUUAGAAAAUAAAGUCAAUGGUCUAUGUGAACAAUUGAAAUUAACAAAAUUAGAAAUGUAUAAAUUGAUAUUCGAUUGCUUAGCCAAUACAACAGAUUUAUUUGGUAUUAAAACGCCAAGGGGCACAUACAAUACAUUGUCCUUAAUAUCAGGUGUACUUGGAUUCAUUAAAAUAUGGAAAACAACAGAAAAUAAGUUAAGAUUAAUGCGCAAAAAGGAUUAG